UUUGACAAAGAGCUCUUGGACAGCGAAGAGCAUCAGCAACAACCAUGAGAUACUCUUGCGUCUUACUCCUGGCAUUCCUGGCCUGUGUCCUGGUGGGACAGACCAGUGGCACUGGCACUGCCACAACGGCGGCAACUGCAACUGCCACAACCACCUCGGCAUCGGCUGCGACUACCACCGCAGCCGCCACAACUACAACCACCACGAGCGCAUCGGCGACCACCACGACCGCAGCAUCGAGUGGCAAGAAGAAGAAGAGGGUCACCAAGUGGACGGAACGCAGAAGAGGCGGCAAGCGGAGCAACCGCAAGAACAAGCGCAAGUCCAAGAGGCGUCACCAUCACCGUGCCUCGACCACCGACAGCAGUGACAGGACCUCAGCCAGGCGCCGCUCCCUCUCCAGACGCAGGAGGGGCUAGAUCCAAGCUUUACCACCCGCCCGAACCCCCUCCCAUUUGAACUCCGACAAACCACCAAUUUUUAGUUAAUCCCAAGCCCAAGGAUUACAAUAUCUUUUUUUUUUAUAUUUGCUUAGGAAUAUUUUAAAGAAAAUUAAACGGAACAAAAGCUAUUAAAAAAUACAUCGAUCAGCGA